AUCAAAAGAAGGGCUUUUGCCAUUGCUCAUCGCCAUUCCUUUUCUCCGACCCUCUUUCUUUCCUUCUUUUCUUUCUCGCUACCACGCUGUCAUUCUUUCUCAUCAGUCCUGUUGGCGCUCGGCACCGGAUCGGGAGGCCAUCAGCUGGCUGUCAGACCCUUAUUCGCAUGGGCGGUAUCCCCUGCUCUACACGGCACGUCAUGCUGUAGUCAAGUCAACGGGCCCUGUUUACAAUGUCCGAACAAUACCCUUGGCUGGAACGAUCAGAGGCGCCAGAGCCCUCCAGGGCGUUUGACUUCUGGUCGGGAACUGGCAACGGGUCUUCACCAGCGAGUGAGAAGACUACGACCUCGAAAGCGGCUGCAACGACUCCCCGGCGGCCGACCGCAGCUCUGCAAGCAAAAGGGCAAACGUCGACACGAAAUGCCGACUUCCAGGGCAGAAGCAACCGGCACCAACGGGGCACCGAAUCGAGCUCGGCUUCGUUCUCAAGUGUAGGCUCAGGCGUGAGCAUAGCACGCAAAGUAGGGCAACCCCUCGACACGAUGGAUGGAGAAGGUGCAGCGGGAGGGGCGUCUAGCGCCGCUGCUCUUGAUUCAGGCUACCAGAGCGAAGGAGGUAUUUCGAUUCCCGGCAGCUUUACAAGGAGCGCGGGCAUUCUUGAUGUUGGUGACCUCAGCGAUGAGGAGGAGGGAGAAGACCUAGACUUCGACCUUCACGAUUCGGCGUUGGUGGAAGAGAGAGCAUUGAGGUUGCAUAUACCCACGUCGCAACCCCAAAAGUAUAGAGCGGAAGAACGUACGACUCCUCGCCCGAAGAAGAUGACUUCCAUGUUCCUGGACAGAGUGGAUGGCAGUGAGAAGCGAAACGGGGAAUACGAGUCGAGGGAAGAAGAAGAAUCGGAAGAAGAGGAGGAGAACGACGACUCGGGGCUCUUUUGGGACGAUGAGUUCAAUGACCGAGGACGUGAAGAGCAAGGGCACAGAGGUGUCGAUGCCCCUUUACGAGCGGAAAAGGAGCGUCUCAAGCUCCACGAUCAGUUCUCGCACACUACGAAGACGUGGUCUGGCUCAGCGAGACAGGCAGCUGCUUUGGCGGCCAAGGAGCUGCCUGUGACCGACCCCUUCGACUCACCGAGAAGCCUUCCUGGAGCGUCUCUUUCGCUCUCACUCCCUGGCGAAGAAAGUCCAAUUGCCAAUUUUCGUAAGGGCAAGGGUCCCGCAGUAUCAGCGCCCUAUCCGGGCGUCAGCGAGAGCUGGGACGACGACUUUCUCUUUCAGGAUGACGGCUCCGUCAAGGGAGAGUCGAAUGCAUCGAAGAAGUCAAAGACAUCGCUGCAUCUCACAUCCUCGGAUGAUGAAGGCGAUCAAGAUCUGGAAUCCUGGGAUGCUCAAUUUGCAAGGGAGCAGCGCCAAGAGUCAAGCUUGAAACGUCCAUCGCCUGGGCGCCGGUCACCCGUUGAUUCGAUUGAAAAUUGGGACCAGGACUUCCACAGCGAUCUGCAAUACCAGACAAAGAGGACGUCGAUGGUUUCUCAAGCGUCAAGAGCAUCCUCGAAGAGCAAUCUGACCGAUCUUUCGGCUAGACUAGCUCUCCAGUCGGACGUGAGCUCCUUGCCAGGGAGUGGGUCCGAUGCCAGCCACCGGUCGCCUUCAUCAUCUACAGGCGCACACUUGGAACCACCGCAAAACACGGUCAAUGUCAGCAGAGGUGAAAGUGGCAGGUCAAGAUUGAAGAGCAGAUGGCUAGGCAGUCCCAAAAAGUCCCGCAAGCAAAACACGCGGCAACAAUCGGGCAGCGAGACCGAGACGGAGGCGGAGAGCAUCUCGCCCGGCGCUCGACAUUCCAUCGGUGGCACCGAAGAUAAAUUACCUUCGGACCCCAUGGCGUUGGCGUCCCGAGAAAGGAGGAAGUCGAAGUCGACGAGCAAGAUAGCGCAGCAGCUUCAGCGUGUCUCGAUCGACAUUGGGCAAGCUCGCAAGUCUGGUCAAUACGAGGAAGAGACGUUACAAGAGCCAGCGGACUCGUCCAAGUCAUUUUGGCGCCGAUCUCAAGACGGUCAGAGCAAUAUCGGCGGCCUCUGGAGCUCAGCUUCCAGUCGGCCAAGCGUAAGUCGGGGAAGCAGCGACAAGUCAAUACGACGGGAGCGGACGAGGAGCGACAGCGAUGGUGCAAGCUCUCCGCCAUCAUCGCCGCGAAGACGCCUGUUUGGAUUGAGGACUUUAGUGUCACCUCCAAUCAGUGGCGCGCCUCGUGUCCAAGGAGUAUCACUUGACGACGAUCGCUCAAGCUCCACGGAGGAGAGUGCAUACAGCACCAUCGACACUGCCUUGUCGAGAGCAUCCACUGGGAAAGAGCAAAAGAAGAAAAAGUCGCAUGGUCCGAGCUUAUCGCUGAGCUUCGGCUUCAAUUGGGCCCAGCGGUCGCAGAAAGACUUGUCUUCUGGCCUGACGCAGCGUCUACCGUCAGCUGUUUCCUCUUCGGCUUCUAUUUCGAGCACAAUCGCCCAAGUGGGGCGAUCCUCCGACCGACCGAGCACCCCGGCGCAGAUCAGCUCGAUUGAUGACGCGUCGCAAUCUUUACGUUUCAGCGACGAGCGACAAAGAACACCUGUCCGUAGCAAGGCGCCAGAACAGCGCUCGAACGCAGGCAGCCCUGGAGUCGCAAUUGAUGCUCCGCAAUUGCCAAGCCGACCCUCGAGGGAGAGUAUCCGGCGCGCCACUCCACGAAAGAGGGUUCUCUCGACAAAAGGAAAGGAGAAAGAGGAAAUGGCGACAUCAGUUCGAAGAAUAAACAGCACCGCCAACUCGACUACCGCGAAUGCAGAGGGCCGAGAUACAAGUCAAGACAGCAUGGUAGGGCCACAACGAGCUGCGCCAUCGAGCUGGGCUAUGUACGAGGCUCGAUCGUUCUCGAGUUCCACCAAUGGAACAACGGCGGCAAGUGCGACUGGGUCUAGCGAUCGAAGGACAAGCGGUGGCAGCAUGACGGGUAACGAGACGGAAGCUACCACCAUCUACAGCUCUGGCAAUGGUUCGCCAUCGAGCAUGCGCCUAGCUUUGGAGGGAAAUGACUCGUCGCAGCUUCGAAGCCCAAUCUCAAGGAAACCGAGGAGCGAGACGGAAGCACAGCAGUUGGAGUCUGCCACUCCUCCUCCUCCUCCUCCUGCAAUUGAUGCAGCGAAGGCUCGCACUACAGGACUCACGACCAAGACCGUUGAUGCGAAGGAGACAAACGUGACUACCACUUCUCUCCAGUCAGAAGAAGGUCAAUCCACGGUUCGUCCGCUUGUGCAGCACCCACCUCCUACAAGACGCAAUUCGCUAGGCGAUCUAAAGAUCCCUUCAAGAAUAAGCAAGGCUCAAGACAAUCUCAAGGCAAAUAUCGGCCACAUAAGAGAUUUUGCUGCUGGCGUCGAGGGUAAGUUUCAUUUGAAUAGACUCUGGAGACAUCUACUUAUCUUGAGCACCGCAGAGCUCAAGAUAUACCGGCAAAAGUAUGCGGAACUUUUGGAUAGCCUCCUCGAUCGGGAACAAGAGGAAGUGAUGCGAUCUCCAAUAGAAUCGACGCCCUCAGCUUUCGACGAUACUGAGAUGCUUUAUGCGCUGGAAGACAGAUACGCGGCGUGGUGGGAGUGUGCCGAUGUACUCAUGGCACUGGGGGAGGGGCGAAGCGAAACAGACAAGGAGGCUUCGGUGGCGACUCUAGAGCAAAACACCAUGGCAAGGGAGCGACGCAUUACCUUGGAGACGCCUUCGCAAGCAAGAAGGUUCUCACAAGUCGGAGCUCGUAGGCAAGAACAACUUCGGGAGGUUGCCUUAGAUGGCCUCGACCAUGUCCUCGGCGACGGUCAGUCGACUGUAAGGAGGCAAUCGGGAAGUCGGACCACCAGUAGCCGUGCUUCUUCGACCUCGAGGAGUGUGAAUCCGCAAAGAGAGCUCGAUAUCUUGUCAGCCAUGCUUGCAGGCGCCCCUCCCGAAGAAUUGUCGUCGCCUCUCAGCAGCACUCAUCGCGAACCUUCCUCGAGGACAAGAGCCUCUCCGCAGGCGCAGUCACGUCAUUCGUCAGUCUCAACGAAUAACAUUGCCUCAGUGCCAUAUCAAGCACCACCAGUCAUCAACUUUUCCACUGAGUCCAUCGACAGACCGUGGCGCGACACCGGCCGAGGCAAGCUUAGGCACACUGGGCGUAGCGGCUUGAAUGGUCUGAUGGAGCUGCUGCGCGCAUUUAAGCUGCCUUCUACGGCUUCCAAUGAAUACGCCAAUCGGCUCGCGGACGCCAGCAUGUCGCAAUUGUCUCUCGCUCCAGGCGCAAACGUCAUGCUCGACAUUUCACGGCCGCAGACGUCUCUAGACGAUUACCCUAGCUCGCAGCACGGAACAGGAAACGCAGACGGAAAGAAGAGAUCCAUUUUUGGAAAGUCGAGCGUCGGCCACUCGCCUGCGAACACAGACAACCUGUCGAGUCGACAGCACAAGCACUUCAGUUGGAAAGGGUUUACUACAACGUCUUCGAAUGCUGUUCCAAGCUCGUGGAUUCCGAGCCGGACUCGACGACCCAGCACGGCGUCGACCCGCAGCAGCUUUGGCGAGUCGAUCAUUGAUGGCAGCAUCGACAGCGACUGGACUCAGGCUGAUAUAAGCCAUGGAAGCAGCCAGCAUCGCGAAUCGGACGAACUUGUUGCGUCACCCUCGCCUCCCCACGACGCCAACACCGUCCGACGAAGGCUUGUCUCACUCUCCGAAGACAAUCCGCAUCCACAGAAGACCGGGCCUCACCUUGCGUUUGGACAAAAAAGAUCCUUCAGUGAAGCGGCACCGACUCAGCCACUUCCAUCGACGUCAAGCGGCGCUCUCGUCAGCACACCCGAUCGACAAAUUUCCAUUGCUCAAGCUGGGCUGCCACGACAACCUUCUACCCGCAACCCGCUCUUAAUGGCUGCUCGCCAGCAAGGAAGCACUGGAAGCCCCUCCAGACCAGAAUUUAACACUCGCUCUGUGUCAGAAUCACCCCGUUUGACUCCAUCGAGCUCUCAGCAGAGUGGCUUAGCCGACCUGCCCACUUUUCCGUCGCCUCGUCGCACCAGAGUUGUCGUUCCACCGCGUCCCUCCUCCUCGCGAAGCGGCUUCUCAACAUCGGAGUACAAAACUGUCUCUGGCGCCAGUAUUAUGGAAUCGAGCGGCGACUCCGUCUAUUCCAUGACGACUUCUUCCACCUCGAACACCGGCAAUGCUGUGCGUGCACAAUCGCCAUCGGGCGAAAGCGCUCGGUCGGUAUCUCGAGUCUCGAUGGCUACACAACAGGCAAAGCAGAAGGACCGCAGUCAAAGUACCACUGGCAAGCCUUCAUCAGUGGGCGCAUCGUCGGGCGCUGCAGCUGCUGCUGCAGCUACCUAUCGGAAAUUGGCCCUCCAACCCGAAGCAAUUCCGAGCUUGCUGUCAUACAUGCACGCUACCAGAAAUCACUGUCGUCAAAGCAUCGAGCAGCUCGAGCGUAUCAAUGCCGGUCGGGGCCAAAGCGCAUCAUUGCCAUUCAGCAAGUCAACGAUUGCUAUUGGCAGUGUCUUGCCGAAGUCCUCCGCGACAGAUCAAGCUCGAGGUGCAGAACCACUAUCUCUAUCCUCGUCACGGCCGCCAUCUUCCUUCCGAUCACCACCGAGUGCUAUCACUUUCGACGAGAGGUCAAAAUCGGCGGCACGCGAAGCGCACAAUUCAGUUGACUCGCAAACGACGAUCAGAGGCAACAAGGGCAUAUUCUCCUCUUUCAGUGCGGGCGAUUCUGCCGAAAACAUGAGGCUCGGCAGUUCGGUCAUGAUGAAAACGAAUACGCCUUUCCCGAUGACUUCUGAACCUGUGGUCUCGGGUCCGGCUCCUCCGCCGCCGCUUUCGACUUCACCGUUGGCUCACACUGGUGCCGCAUCGUCUUCUGACUCUUCUACUCUGCCCACGGCAAACACCGCUUCUCCAGCAACGAAAGCAUUCUCUCAACCGACCACGCAACACCAACGAAGGCCCUCUCUACUACCUAAUCGCUUUUCCUCGUCUUCAUCGUCAAAAAGAAGAGGAGAGUGAGCCUUCGACUACCCUUGUACCACUAGAUACCACUCCUAAUUAUUUCCCAGGCGCACGUCAUUCGAGAUACUCUCUUUUUGAGCAG